AGUAAAAUUUAUUAAAAAGAAAUCUUGAUCACUUGUAUUUGAUCUUACAUGGUCGCACAUGUUGGACAACGUGACACGACUGCAACCAUGUGUUUUUGUAUUUUUCGUACAUAAAACAGAAAAAAAGAUCUGUUGAUCUUUGUGUUUGUUUGAACGAAGAAUUUAAGUGCCGUAAAAUAUGGUUGUGGUCAACAAUUUUCUUGGUUUCCUCACUAAUGUGUUUAUACGAGAGGUAAGUCAAACCAAAUAAUUAAUCAAACAAAAAGUCAACUAUAGGCUCCUAUUGGUAAUAUAUAGUAUCAAAAUUGAGUUGCAGUAUAAUGUAACUUGCAAUAAAAUUUAUGUGAACUCAACUUCUAAAACAUGAAAUUUUGGUUGAUGUUAAUUUAUGUUUUGAAUUAACAAUUUUACAAAGGGUCUAAGUCAAAAUUAUAACCCAAACAACAAAUUGUUAAAUCAAAUUUUAAUAAAAAUAAAUAAAUUUAAUGCAUGAUUGAUAAAAUUUUUGAGUUAUCAAUGAUUUAUAUUCCUAACUCAAAGUAAAUUAAUUACACCGCAUGUCUCCAAUCAAAACCAUACAUUAUCUUUACUUUGCAUAUGACGAGUAGAAAAUCAUGUUCUCGCACUAUUGCGGUUGUUUAUUAUCGACUGAUGGUUAGUAAUGGGAGAUCUUUUUUAAGGUGGGCAUGCUGCUGAUGGCAACUUGAACCUUCCAAAACACGGUUAGGUUAGGAGAUCAUGAACAUUGGUGCAAUGUCUUUUUCAGGACACUUUAACGCUCUAACCAUAACAAGACAACACAACUGGUUGGGAUAGCCAGAUAACGGAAAAAGGAGAAGAGAAUUCUAGAGAAUCUAAGCUAUCCACAUUUCAAUACGUUAUUGGUAAGUUAAUCAUGGUGAAUGCAAGAACUAGUGUUCCUCCAAGAGUGCUUCCGAGUGAGGAAUGCACUUCAAAUACAAAUUGUAAAGAAUGAAACUUAAUGUGAAAAUGUACAGGAAUUUGAAGAUGAAAACAUGUUUCUAGCAUAUUAUAGCUUAGGAUCUUUAUACGAAAACACCUGUUUUUUUUAGUGAGUUUAUGUUGCGAAUUCAUCAAGCCAACGUUUUUCAGUUAUAUCUUAAAAAAAUUUCAUGCACCGGACCAUAAUUAGCCGAGAUGCCAAGUCAAUGCCUACGGCUGCUGAUACAUUAUUGACUUAUUGUCAUUCGGUAAGAUUAUGAUAACCUGUAAGAGCAAGAUUAAUGAAGGUUUUUAGAGUAGAGUUCUUAGCAGAAUAUAAGAAACCGUCUUUUAACUUUUAACUAAAAAAAGCUAAGAACCAGUUUAUAUUCUGCUAAAAACUUUACUAUAAGACCCUCCAUUAAUCAUGCUCUAAGUAAUCAAGUCCCGUUGUCACAUGGUUUCUUAAGAUAAAAUAUUUUAAAUCAAAACUCUACUUAAUAAUAUUUAUUCUAGUUUUCUUUCUAAUAACUCCGACACUCCCUCUUUUCCAAUUGAUUUGAUUUUCCAAAUCUUUUCACCAGUGACCUGAAAAUUGUCCAAAUAAGAACAUGACAUCGUUAAAUCUUGUCAUGGAAGAGACUCUUUGUCUUUUUUUUGGCUCAUGAUAUUCGGUAAAUAACCUUUUUUCUCGUUCUCCUUUUCUCCACCCCUUUCCUUUUUCUUUUGUUUGAAUUAUCAGUGUUAGUUGAUUAGAAUCAAGUCAUCAACUAUAUGUUAAAAAUAGUGAAGAAACAAAAACUUGUUCAUCAGCUUGUGUUUGUCUCCGACACCUCCAAAUCAAUGCUCAAAUGUCUUUUUUCCCGUCAAAGUCGAUGGCUUUCAGUUUUACCUCCUAUAUACAGAAUCAUAUCCUUUGCAAUAAAUUUUUAACUUUCUUUUUUUUAUAAUUUGUGUAAAUUAUAAAUAUCUUUUGUUUUUAUUUUUAGUUAUAAAUAUCUUCAAGAAGAAAUUAACAUCGAGUCUUUUAUAUAAAAGUGACGUCAUAUUUAAAAAGACUGUAACCCCUUUGAUUUUUCAGUCUCAAGACUCAAUCAAUCCUCAAAGUUCGCAUUCACACACAGACAAAGUAAAAAAAUUCGUACCAUCUUUGCUUUUUCUUUUAUUUUCUUUAUUUUCCUCUUGCACUUUCCACGCAUUAAUACACCAAAGAAAAAACAUUUCCACAAAACAAUCUCACACAUCUCUCUCUACCAGUAAGAACACUCAUUUCUUGAUCUUUCAAGAGCUCAGUAAUUCUGUAUAACCUGAUCAAUAAACUCUCUUUUGUUUUGUGUGUGUUCUUCUUGUAAUAUCAGCUCAUAAUCUUAUACUUAUAUAACAUGUGAUGCGAUCUCCUCACAUCAUCGUUUCACUUGUUCUCUUCGUCUUCUUUUCUCUAAUCCUCCAAACCCAUCAAAGAACCAUUGAUCAAACUCACCGGGAUGCCUCGCACGUCAAUGAUGUGGCGGUGACUUCGCCUGAAGGGAGAAGAAGAGAGAGCUUUAGGGUUCGGCGGCCGAUGACCACAUGGCGGAAGGGGAAGAUGCUCAAUGACAGUGAACAUGGAGUCCCAAGUGGUCCGAAUCCCAUCUCCAAUAGGUAGAACCAUAUACUAUACUGUAUAUUAUUAGAGAUAUUAUUGUAUGGAUAUUUUGCCUUGUAGUCUAGUAGUAUAUCUUUUUGCGUAUGAGGUCACACGUACAAAAGUCAUCGAAAUCUUACAUGUUGUCUGUUAACUCAAAGUUUGGAAAUUCUAAUUUUGCAGGUGAUAUUGUUUUGUGGGAGUUACGUGGAAAAUAAUAUAUCUCACUGUAAUUUAAUUAAGUAUACGAAAUUUGACUUCACAUGUGUGUCAGUGUUAAAGUCUAAUCACAUUGGUUUGAGUUUGUGCAUUCUCACUCGAAAUGAAUUUCUCAGAAACUA